AUGUGGAUGCUUGUGAAGUAUUCAUCAAAGCAUAAGCAUCUCAGUAGUCUUAUCUCCACCGAUUUCUCCAUUAUCUUCUUGCUAGAUGGACCUCUCCUUUUGAAAUUAUUUGCCUUAUCUUUGAAUUUGUCUUCCACUUUUGACAACUGUGAUAAAGAGCCACUUUUGUCGAUAUCACUUUUCCAUCUUCGAAUCAAAGAAUUCUGCAGGGAAUUCUUCACUGUUAAGAGAUGCUUUACUCCUAUCUUCCACUACACAGUAUUCACAAUGGUGGUCACUGCUGAAGUAUUCCCGGUGAAGGGGUUCCUAUUACCUUCUUCUCUUUCCCUUUAUCCUCAGGGAGAGCGCUAUUGCUCUAGCUCCAUCUCUGCUGAGAUAAUCGGGAAGAAAUUAUCUGAAACAUCAGUUUCAAGGAUAAAGAAAUCUUCUUCCUGUGGAAUUAUAAAUCUGCUUGUUGUAUCUCUUGAUUCAUAUGUACUAUCUCCUCAGAAUCUUCCUCUAAUGAGGAUGAUAUUGUGGCAAUAUUUUAUGAAACUUCCGCUUCAAUGGCUACCCACUCCCUCCAUGAUAUUAUCUGUAAAUUCCUCCACCAUUUUCUUCAUCUUGUGCCUUCUCACUCGAUCAUGUUUAAGCUUAGUGUCACUCUCCGUAACCCCGAGAAUCUUAUCGAGGUCGGGUGACUUGGCAACGAUCAAGUGGACCGGCAUCGACUCACCUUCCAAACUCGACUUUCUUGGCAUUUAUUCACCCUCCGACUCCUCCCACGAUAAUUUCAUUGGCUACACUUUCCUUUCCACCUCGCCCAAAUGGGAAUCCAGAUCCGGCUCCCUUACACUCCCCAUUGUCAACCUCCGGGCCAAGUACCAGUUCCGGAUCUUCCGAUGGACCAAGUCCGAAAUCGACCCGAACCGACAGGACAAUGAUCAUAACCGUUUGCCUGGGACAAACCACCUGCUGGUGGAGUCCGAGGAAAUUGAAUUUGAACGGGGUCGAGGACCUGAACAGGUGCACUUGUCAUUGACGGGUUGGGAUGGUGAAAUGAGGGUCAUGUUUGUGACCCAUGAUGGGAAAGAGAGUUAUGUGAAAUAUGGGUUGACCCGGAAGAAAAUGGAGGUUGCGGGUACUCGGGUCGUGAGGUAUGAGAGGGAAGAAAUGUGUUGUGCCUCAGCUAAUAAAACAAUAGGAUGGAGAGACCCAGGAUAUAUUCAUGAUGGAGUUAUGAUCAAUUUAAAGAAAGAAAGAUAUUAUUAUCAGGUUGGAAGUGAUUCAGGGGGACGGAGUGAUGCUUUCAGCUUUGUGUCCCCUAAUGAUGAUUCCAAGGAAACAAUAGCCUUCAUGUUAGGUGAUAUGGGAACUGCAACACCCUACACAACUUUUGCUAGGACACAACAAGAAAGUGCUUCCACCAUCAAAUGGAUAAUCAGGGAUCUUGAAAUACUUGGUGAAAAACCUGCAUUGAUUUCACAUAUUGGAGACAUUAGCUAUGCCAAAGAUUAUUCUUGGUUAUGGGACAAUUUCUUCAAUCAAAUCGAGCCGGUCGCCUCGAAAGUACCCUACCAUGUGUGUAUUGGCAAUCACGAAUAUGAUUGGCCAUUGCAGCCCUGGAAACCGGACUGGGCGAGUUUGGUGUAUAAGAAUGAUGGGGGAGGUGAAUGUGGAGUGCCUUAUAGUCUCCGGUUUAACAUGCCUGGAAACUCUUCGGAACUAAUUGGCAGAGAUGCCAUGGAAACUCGAAACCUGUACUAUUCAUUUGACAUGGGAGUAGUGCAUUUUGUGUAUAUGUCAACUGAAACCAAUUUCCUUCAAGGGAGCAAGCAAAAUAGAUUCUUGAAGUAUGAUUUGGAAUCGGUCGACAGAGAGAGGACUCCGUUCGUCGUAUUCCAAGGACACCGGCCAAUGUAUACGAGUGGGAGUAAAAUUAGAGAAGCACCAUUAAGGGAGAAAUUAAUUGAGCAUAUAGAACCUCUUUUGGUGAAGAACAAGGUGAAUCUCGUGUUAUGGGGUCAUGUACAUAGAUAUGAGAGGUUUUGUCCACUUCACAACUUUACCUGUGUAAAUCUGGAGACGACUGGGGAUGAGUCGAAGGCAUUUCCUGUACACAUUGUGAUAGGUAUGGCCGGGCAAGACUGGCAAAGGACUUGGGAAACCCGAGCUGAUCACCCUGACGAUCCCAUUUUUCCACAACCUGCACAAUCCUUGUAUCGUAGCGGUGAAUUUGGGUAUACUAGACUUUAUGCUACGAAAGAUAAACUUACACUUUCUUAUACUUUUUUUUUUUUGAUCGGAAACCAUGAUGGAAAGGUCCAUGAUACAUUAGAGAUCAGGGCUCCAGGCAAAGUACUAACUGGUGUUGACAAGGGGCCAAGCUGGGUGGGGCAAGAUUUACCAUUCCGUGGUACAUUAAAAUCCCCUGGAUACUGGUACUAAUCAAUUAUGGGGACUGUUUUCUGUGGUUUUUCAUUGCCCGAAAGA